AUGGGGGAGGGGCCGCGCGGCGCCCCGCAGCCCGAGGCCCCGGCCGUUUCUCAGGCCCGCAGCAGGGGCAGGAGGGUCCACGCCCGGGCCAACGGGCUGGGAUACCCGCAGGUCGGGCACAGGGGCGGGGCGCAGGUGCCCCCGGCUGCGGCCCCCUCCCCGCCACUCAGGACGGAAGAGGGCGGCCGCGGAACGAGGGUCUCCUCAGACCCAGGCGGAGCAAAGGCCAGAACCGGAGGCCUUCGGAUCCCUCGGGGUCUGAAGCCGCCGCCCCGCAGGUCCGCCCGCUUCUGCCGCCGCCGCCGCCGCCGCCGCCGCCGCGUCCGCUUCCUCAGGGGCCGCAGCGGGCUUCGACUGCGCCACUCGCACCCCGCCUGGACCGCGGUGCACGUCAGCACGACCGAGUGCGUCAGCACGCAAUCACGAGAGGCGCUGGGCCCUCUGGGAGCCGUAGUGCGUUGUGCGCAGGCGUUGAAGGCACACGGGGGCCUGAUGGAUUCCAACGGAGAACAGUGUCUAGUGCCACUGCUGCCCCGCCCCCUCCUCCUGGAAACCCAGGCAGGCUCCACAGCUGCCUCCCUGCGGGCCCCAAGGAGGACUCAAGGACCAAUGGUGCCUACCAGAGCAGGGUGGCCCAAGGCUUCUAAACAGCCAGCCUCGGCGCAAGGAACAAAGGCACAGCGAUUCUCCCUGCCUGUGAGCCACCACCGAAGGGGAACGUCAAGCUGCAGGUUCCCGAGUCCUUCACAACCGAUUGUUUUGUUUCUUGAGACUGCCAAAGAUGCCCUGGUGCUCAAUAGAAGUCCAGACUGGCCUCUCACUCCUCCUGCCUUGGCCUCGAAAGUGCUAGAAUUACAGGCAUGUAUCGGAUUAAAAUCAGUUGCAUUAUGGGAAAGAACAUGCACAGUGAGCAAAGGCUGCCAGUCAAAACAGAGAAGCACCCAAACUACAAACCAUGGUGUCAGAUCCCCUGGAACUGGAGUUACAGACAGUUGUGAGCUGCCAUAUGGAUGCUGAGAAUUGAACCCAGGUCCUCUGGAAGAGCAGCCAGUGCUCUUAACUACUGAGCCAUCUCUCCAGUCCCUGUUAUUUGCUUUGAAUAAAGUUUCUUUGCUACUUUUA